UGUUUUCCUUGCACCAAAGAACAACAUUUUCCUCUCCAUUUAUAGCAAAGAUGACCACCAUGAUUGACUUGACAAAAGGGGGCAUAAUUGGAAGCUUAUUAAAUGACCCAUUUGAAUUAAGAAAAGAACCAGAGGGAAAUAUGACUGAGGAAAAACAUUUUCCAGUGGACAGUACUUCCAUGAUGACUUCUCCAACCACAGGCUUGUUUAAGGACCUGGACCCUGCUAUGAGGAAGAUGUUUAUGAAGGCAAGACUCAGUGAGGAAGACCUAAAAGACAAAGAUGUGGCCGAAGCUGUCGACUACAUCAUCAACCAAUUUGGAGGACUGAAGGCUGUGCAGAGAGAAUUGAAGAGAAGAGGCCCAGUUUCGCAGACGUUGCCAAGAGCUGCAUCUGCAUCCAUCUCCCUCACAUUGCAAAAAGGGCCUUUGCCACCUGUUCCUACCAUCAAAAACUACACCACCUCUCAGCAGGCAUCCCACGGCAACGCCACCCUAAAGAAGACUCCGCUCAACCCUUGGAUGUCAUCUCACUCAUCUGCUCCUGCACCAGAGAGAAAAAGAAAGAGUACAAGCUUCAAACUUGUGAGUCCAACAGCAGCAGAAAGAGAUGAUACCCUAAUUGCUGCACUGAGAGAAGUACUCAAACAGAAGCAGGCACUCCAGCAAAGACCGAGAGAAUUUUCAUAUCCUACGGAGCCAGACGCGAAUAAUGACAAUCAACUUUAAGAAGCUUGGAGAUGCUGGAAAUCAUCUCCAGCUGUAAAACAUUUGCAAUGUGUCUGCUGAUAAUUUACACAAGAACAUUACCAGCUUCAUUUUACUACACUAAUUGGCCUAAGUACCUUUUUG